UGUUUCGUCUCUGCUUAGUUAUCUUUGGGGCUCUGAUGUCAUCAUGUAUCAUUUCCGUUUGCCAUUUUGCGUUGCUCACAAGGACACAUAAACUUGUCGGAAUAACGUUGUCUUUCACACCAGAGUCUUCCAUAAGUUUACGAAAAAUAUAAUGCAAUCAUACAUUCAGGAUCUGAGUAAUGGACUCGAGAAUGUCCCCGUUUUGAUUGAGAGCAGUGUCCCCAAAGAAGCUUUUACUAACUUUCAGUAUGUACCAGAGAAUGUACAAGGGCCAGGCUGUGACAUUGAUCCUAGUGCGGUGACCCUCCCGGGCUGCUCUUGUCAUUCCCAGUCCUGUCUGCUUGACAGCUGCCCCUGCUUGAGAUUCGGCAAGACAUACAACAACGAGGGACUUCUGAACCAGCAACAAGAGGAGGGUGGCUACAGCAGGCCUGUGUUUGAGUGCAAUGCCUUAUGUGCUUGCAGUGAGUCCUGCCAAAACCGUGUGGUUCAAAAUGGGAUCAAGGUUUGCUUGGGUAUCUUCAGCACCAAAGACAGGGGCUUGGGGGUGGAGACUCUAGAGCACAUCCCUUGUGGCCGCUUUGUGUGUGAGUAUGCAGGGGAAAUCAUUGGGCCUGAUGAGGCUCGUAGCCGCCAGCUCUCCCAGACUCCCAAUGAUAUGAAUUACAUAAUUGUUGUUCAGGAGCACAGUGGAGGAGACAGGGUCACUCAGAUGUUUGUAGACCCUGUGUGUGUGGGAAAUGUGGGCAGGUACAUAAACCACUCGUGCCAGCCAAACCUGGUCAUGGUGCCUGUACGAGUGCACUCACUGUUUCCCAGACUUGCUCUGUUUACGAACCAAAAGAUAGAGCAGGGCAAAGAACUGACCUUUGACUAUGCUGGUGGACUCCACAGCAACACAGAUACACAGAAAUGGGAUAAAGUGCCAAGUGAGAACCAGAAAGGGCCUGAUGGUGGAAAACUGCUUCAGAGAAAAGCCUGUUAUUGUGGGGCUUCAAACUGCUCAGGUUUUUUACCAUUAGAUAUCUCAAUUCUCAAUUAAAAAACAUUUGUAAAUCUACCCUGACUUUGGAUUUUCUCCAUUUAGUUUAGAGGGAUAGUUCACCCAAAAAUAAAAAUUCUCUCAUCAUUUACUCACUCUCAUGUCAUCCCAGAUGUGUAUGAUUUUAUUUCAUCUGUAGAACGCAAACAAAGAUUUUUAGAAGAAUAUUUAAUCUCUGUUGGUCCAUUCAAUGCAAGUGAAUGGUGUCUAGAACUCCAGAAGGUCUAAAAAGGACAUAAAGGCACCUAAAGGCACCAUUUAAGUAAUUCAGAUGACUCAAGUGGUUAAAUCCAUGUCUUCACAAGCGAUAUGAUGGGUGUGGGUGAGAAGCAGAUCAAUGUAUUAGUCCUUUUUUACUAUAGGAUCUCCACUUUCACUUCACAUUAUUUGUUUUUUGGUGAUUCGUAUUCUUCGUGCAUAUUGCCACCUACUGAGCAGAGGGAAGACUUUAUAGUAACAAAGGACUUAAAUAUUGAUCUGUUCUCAAUAUAUCUCUCACCCACACCUGUCAUAUCUCUUCAGAAGACAUGGAUUAAACCACCGGAGUUGUCUGAAUUACAUAAAUGCUGCCUUUUUGUCCUUUUUGGAGCUUCAAAUUUCUGGCCACUUGCAUGGACCUACAGAGCUUAGAUAUUAUUUAAAAAAUCUUUAUUUGUGUUCAGCAGCAGAAGAAAGAAAGUCAUGCACAUCUGGUAUGGCAUGAGGGUGAGUAAAUGAUAAGAUAAUUUACAUUUUUGAAUGAACUUUUCCUUUAAGACCACAUCCACACUAAUCUAUAAUCCAAAGUUUGAACCCUCAGUUUUCAAGAUUCCAAACGUCAUAAUGUUCCAAAGUUUGCAGUUAUGGAGAGCAUUUUAAAAAAGUCAAUAUUUUUGGUGGAGGGAAAUGCCAUUCCAGUGUGAAUGAGAGGCAUAAAAAUGGCAAAAAUCAAUGAAAAUGAAAAUUUGAUUAGUUGAUGUCUACAUAUAAUGCCAUUGGAUAUUUAGCUCAAUCGAAAGCAUUUGUGACAAAUUAAUUUGGACUCAUCCAUCCUUAAAAAAAAAAUGGCAUAAUGUUGAUUACAAAAAAAAAUACAUUUAGACUUGUCCGUCCUUUUCUUGAUAAAAAGCAAAAAUUGAGGUUACAGUGAGGCACUUACAAUGGAAUUUUUGUAGGGUUUUCAAGACAGAAAUGUGAAGCUUUUAAUUAUAUAAAAGAACACAUACAUUAUUUUAAAACAUGGGUAUUAUUUGAGGUGUAAAUAAUGUUUAAACCAUCAUGUUUAAUUAACAGUCAUUUUAAUAUAUUAAGGUUUAGGGCAUUAUGUGAAUGAAGUUGUACAUUUGGAUAGUUUACACAGAAAAGGUUAGUGAGUUAAGUGAAUUUUUUUUACUCUAAAAUCAUAUUAACAUGUAUAUUGUUUACAUCUUGUGUCUACUAUACUUUUGAAACAGUUGAGUAUUUUAACAUUUACAGAUUUCCCCCUUCACUUCCAUUGUAAAUUCCUUCCUGUAACCCAGAUUUUUUUCUUUUUUAAAGAAAGGGGAGGGGCAAAUUAAUAAAAGUUGUGGUAGUCAAUAUGCCACAAAUUGUGUUGAUUGAGCUUAUCUUCUAUUAAACCGGAAUAUGUGUGAUUCAGAGAAAAUUGUUAUCAUAUGUUUGACCAGUGUUAUUCACAUUUCUGUGACUUUAAACCAUUGAGGAGGGCAAAUGCUUGUUGCCAUAAUGUGUAUAUGGGCAGUUGACAUGAAAUACUUUCAGAUAGGUCUUGCUUUACUUCAUCUAAACCUACUUUAACCAUUACUUUGCUGAUUCUUUUACAGUUAUAAUGCAUGCAGCUUUUAUGAGAUCAUAUUGAGACUAUGAAAUAUUUGUAUGUUUAAAAAUGUAUUUGCCAAAGUGCAGGACCAUUUUAAAUAAACUAAUGAUGUCAAAAAAAGGUGAUUUAAAAAAAGUGAAAAUUUUAAAAGAAAUGGUUUCCAGUCACAUGGCCUGAGAGAUUCACUGUCACUUAUACAUUUACUUCAAUUUAGCCUAAAAAAAGUGUGUGUGCACGCAUGUUCGCGCGUGCAAGAGAACUACCCAUUCAUAAGUGACCAUCUUCCCAAAUGUUGAAGAAUAAAUGCAAAAACUUGUUCAACAAUCUCCAAACCUUGAUCUGCACUUGUCUAUUUUAUGUCCUUUAC